GUUCUUCCGCACGAGGUUUAGAAUGGCUGCCACCACGAAACAAUCGGUUGCGAAAAGCCGCAGAACAUUUCCUAAUGUAAUUUGCAGUCGGGCGAUGGCUAAAAACAUGUACUGGGUAUUUAUAUCUAUUAUUGUUAUGACAAAUCGAUGUUGGGGUGACGAUGGGCACGAAAUGGAGGAGUUUCUGAAGAGAGAGCACUCGUUGACCAAGCCAUAUCAAGCGGUCGGGUCCUCCAUCUCGUCCCACUGGGAGCUGAUGGGCGACGCCAUGACGACCACGGAGCAGGUGCGGCUGACGCCGGACAUGCAGAGCAAGCAGGGAGCGGUAUGGAACCGCAUCCCCUGUCACCUGAAGGACUGGGAGCUACAGGUGCACUUCAAAAUUCACGGCCAAGGAAAGAAGAAUUUGAACGGCGACGGGCUGGCAGUGUGGUACACUAAAGAGCGCAUGCAGAAAGGUCCAGUGUUUGGGAAUACAGACUUUUUCACCGGGCUGGGGGUGUUCGUGGACACUUACCCCAACGAAGAGAAACACCUAGAGGCGCAGAAGAGGAGGUACACCCCACGCACGCAGAGGAUAUUCCCCUACGUGUUGGCGAUGGUGGGGAACGGCACGCUGGGCUAUGACCACGAGCGAGACGGGCGGCCCACGGAGCUGGGGGGCUGCACCGCCAUGGUGCGCAACCUGAAGCACGACACCUUCCUCUUCAUCAGAUACGUGCGCCGGAGGCUGACGAUCAUGAUUGACAUUGAUGGGCAGCACGAGUGGAGGGAUUGCCUGGACAUCCCGGGGGUGAAGCUGCCUGAGGGGUACUACUUCGGUGCCUCGGCCAUCACCGGAGACCUGUCGGAUAACCAUGACAUGAUCUCGAUGAAGCUGUACCAGCUCACCGUGCUGCGCAGUAAGCAGGAGGAGGAGGAAGAGGAGGAGAUUCUCAUUCCCAGCGUAGACAACCUGGAGCUGCUGAGGGGGGAUGUGAGUGAAGGAGGAAUGAGUGGGUUAGCCUUGUUCUUCACCGUGCUCUUCUCCCUGCUUGGCUGCUUCCUGCUCCUGGUCAUCGGCCUGGUCCUGUACAGCCACUGGAGCGAGAACAGCCGCAAGCGCUUCUACUGAGACACAGCGAAGGGAGAGAGAGAGAGAAGGAGAGAAAUGGAGGGAGGAAGAGGGAGCACAAGAGGCCGCCGUUACUGCUGCAUCCAGAGGAUAACCGGUUCUGCACUGAGACACUUUGACCAGAGCAGCUGACCCUGAUCUUCACAGCUGAGGGACAAGAGACUGUGAGAGAGAUUAAGAGACAGAUCGCCAUGACUACUGUUGCCAGGGAGAGGAAAAAAAAAAAGUUUCUCGUUGCACUGAAGAGAUGUGAUGGGCUUUACUGACCUUAAUCAUCACGACUGAGAAAGAGAGAGAGAGACUGAGGGCGAGGUGGGCGGGAGAAAAGUUUGGGGGAAGAGUGUGUUAUUGUGUGUUGUGCUAGCUCACAGAGGAGAACUUUGAGAAUGACUGCCUUCAGCCCUGUCCCAGACUCCUUUGGGAGAGAGGGAGAGACAGACCCCCGCCCCCCCACCCCACUUUGAGCCUGGGAAAGGGGGGAGGAGGCUAGGAGGAACAUUCCUCAUUUCCAAGACAUUUCACUCCGACCUGACAAAAAGGCUGGAUGCUCCUGUAGGGCUGUGCUUGUUCGAACCACCCUCCCCAUUUCCUUUCUGAUGUGUGUGUCUACAAAAGAAACAGGUGGGGGGGGGCGGGGGGGUUGGUGGAGAAGGGCUGGGUUGCCAGAUUGUGGGUUACGGGUCCCUGAAUGUUUGCGGGUGCCUUGCUUUAUAGGCCCCUGCGUGAUGUCAUUGGCCUGGGCUUCGCAAUGUCCGCAACAUGCAGACUUCACCGCUGUCAGCUUCCUCUUCACUGUCUGCUUCCUCUUCUGUCAGCUUCCUGUCUGCUUCCUCUUCUGUCAGCUUCCUGUCAGCUUCCUCUUCUCUGUCAGCUUCCGCUUCCUGUCAGCUUCCUCUUCUGUCAGCUUCCUGUCAGCUUCCUCUUCUCUGUCAGCUUCCGCUUCCUGUCAGCUUCCUCUUGUCAGCUUCCUCUUCUCUGCCAGCUUCCUGUCAGCUUCCUCUUCUCCGCUCCAGAAUCACAGUCACUGCCUCUAAUUACCCCCGCCGUGAUACCACGUUGCAUCUGGUAAAAAAAAAAAACGAUCCCCACAGCCAGGAAGACUUCUCCCGUUUAAAGUGAGGAUGCCUCACGUUAGCUGUGAUUUAUAUGGUCCUGUCCUCUCCUCUCCUCUCCCUGCCUGAAACCUUUCAGCAGCUCAAUCUCCUUUAAGGUUGACUCUGCUUUUUUAUAAAUCUAUGUGAAAUGACCGUAGGUUUAGACUCCUCUCCGGAUGUCUGUGUUAGUGCAGUGAUCGUGUUUUGCAUAUGCAUGAAGAUAUCUCCCUUCUUUUGAGCCACUGGUCCUUUUUGGAGAACUGAUUAUAGCUUCAUAGUUCACUCAGGUAUUCUGUCUACUGAGCAGGUAGCCCACUCCAUACUGGUAGCAUUGAAAGGUAUAUUUUGUCACUGGUGAUACUCCCAAGUGUUCCAAUUCCAAUGUUCGCUAGUUAUGAAUAUUCAUUAAAAGGGAUGCUUAAAGAUAGACGGUUAGAUAGAUAGCACAGUGACUCAGAAAGGCGCUCCGAUAAGAAAGAACAAAGGACAAGAGGAACAUAGGAGUUGAAUAUCUGGCCAGUGUGCAGAAUAUCUAUGGUCCUUUGUUAAAAUCACAUUUUACCAUAUUGGAUGUACAUAGUCUGUAUGGACAAGUUGGCCUGGUAGUGUUGCCUGGUGCUGAGACCGUGUAGAUGCUGUACGUCUGUAUAGCCGACCUGCCUAAUACCGUGGGCUACAGACCUUCUUUUACUGCCAGCCUUCAUGGCUGCGCCUGUGUCUUUAGACUAAGAUCUGGUUACAGUCAAAUCUCUGCCCCAGUACGCUAAUAGCAAUAUAAAAACCCCAGUUUACACAGGAUUCCUGUUUUUUUUUUUUUUAAAAAGGAAAAAAUAGGGGCUAGUUGUCAAAUUAUUUAAAACAAUGGCCAGAAAAGAGCAGUGUGGGAUGAUGGCUCUUUAGAUUGCAGUGCAGUUCAUGAAUUAUAAGUACACAAUAAAACAGGAAUAAUUAAUUACUAUUAAUUGUUACAAUUAACCAUUAUAAAUGAUUAUCCAACAGUUUAGUAAAAGAUGUUUAAGGGAGCAAUAUGACCAGAUUGAGAAAGAAAAUGUCACAGUUUUACUCUUUUAAGAUGAGAGUUCAUGUAACAUAUUGUAACGGCGUAGCAAUGUCAAUCAUCUUCAUUCCUGGUCCUGGUGAGCCACAGGGUCUGCUGGUUUUUAAUUGGCCUUAAUAUGUUGGUUAUCAAUUCAGACCCUAGAACCCAGUCUGAGGUGAGUUCUGUGUAGUCAACUGCUUUAAUUGAUCAGUUAGGUGCGAAAUAAUUUCAAAACAUACAGCAGACCCUGCGGCUCUCCAGGACUAAGAAUGAAGAUGACUGGUCAAUGUUGUUACCUUGUGUGGAAUUAUGAGAACCGUGGCCUGGCUUUUUACAAAAUGGCUGAACCAAAUCAAGGAAGUGAAAGGCGAUUAUUGACAUCUUAUUAAUCGCGAAUCAUUACAGCAUAAUUAUCUAUGGUUGUUUUUUUUGUUGCCAAAAGUCUGGUUGGCUGACUCACCUCAAUGCCCACGUGCAUGUUUAUGCCUUUGGAUCUUACUGUGUGAAAUUAGUCUUUUUAUACUGCUGUCUGCCCAUUCACGGUUAGCCAUCUGCGCACUGAACUUCUAGUGUAGCGUGACACGUCUUUUCCCCGUCUGUCUUGUUACUGCCUCAGCCUUUUAAAAACAAUGUAUUUCAUUGUGUAUUUA